AUGACAGACCCGUCGCCGCAGCGUCCAGCUGAGCCAGCUACAGCAGAGGCGCCGUCGGUCGAGUCGGCGCAGCGUUCAGCUGAGCCAGCUACAGCACAGUCGCUGUCGGUUGAGUCGCCGCAGCGUCCAGCUGAGCCAGUUAUAGCACAGGCGCUGUCGGAGUGCCUUGGCGUGACAGAGCUGUCACCGCAGCGUCCAGCUGAGCCAGUUAUAGCACAGGCGCUGUCGGAGCCGGAGCAGGCCGGGCUGAGAGAGCUGAAGGACGAGGAGCCAGCCACAGAGCUGCCAACUCAGCUCGAAUCGUCAUCCCAGUCGGAGCCAGAGGUGAACUACCUGGAGGCGCCUCAGUCGUGGCUAGACGGCGCUAACGUGGACGCGUUGAUUCAGGAGUUCCUGACUCACAGUGACGAGGUCAUUGACGACUGGGAGGAUAUGGCAGAUGAUGUUGCCGGAGGAGGCGAAGAUGCCUCGCCGUGGUACAACAAUAGUUUUCUGCUGCAGUUCCGCGAUCCUCACGCAAGCGCGCCGGAGAGCGGCGCCUUGCGCUGCCAGCCGCGGCCGAAGACGGCGGCGCCGCAACGCAGCCCAGGCCGCGACUUGGUCGGCUUUGUGAAGGACGUGUCCGGCGAAGGCUUUGCCCUGGGCCUGUCGCCCCCGGCAGCCGCCAGCGCGGGCUUCUGCCUGCCCAAUGCGGCCGCCGGAGCUUGGGAGAAGGUGGAGAUCCUGCCAUGGAAUUUGCUGCACGUGGCGGGCGCCCCCAGCUGGGAGACCCACGGCGCCCUGGCGCGCUGGCGCCUGCACCUCGUGGACCUCCGCGCAAAGCCCACGGACUUCCACGCGGGCAACAAGAACACCUUGCGCUUCAACGACGGCGCAGGCUGCUGGGAGAAGGUGAGGCUGUUGCCAGGUAUCCUCAGCUUGGAGAUGAUGUUGGACCGUGGCCUGCCCCUUCAUGUUCAGCUUGGCAAAGACACUGCAGAGGUGCGCGCGCUAGUGAUGGCCGACAAGGUUUGCAUGUGUGUGGAGCAUCGUCGGCCGGAUGUAGGCUUACAAUGCCUGUGUCCGGAGGCCCUCAUUGACGCUGCCGCGCCCUUGCCAGCGCCGAGCCAGGUUACCCACUGGGGCAGCAGCGCGGAGUACAUGGCGAGCUGGCGCUCUGCGGUGGAGCUGGAGGCGGCUGCCUCCGCUGCAGAGGAGGAUGACACACGGCUUCUGUACAAUGUGGAGAUCACGUGGGGGGAGCGCUCGGGCAGCUUUCUGGUGCCGAGCGCUUUGGCCAGCGCGCAUCGGAUGAAGCUGCGUGGGCUGAUUCGAGGAGAGGACGGAGCCACGGAGCGUUCCUCGGGGUGGCUCUGCCUCCGGAAGAUGGGGGAGGAGACCGCUGGCUGGUGUGGCCAUGCAGGCGUGGUGAAUGCUGAGCUGGUGGCAGACGAUGGCAGCGCGCAGGAGCUGGAGGUGAGCGUAGGAGAGGAGGAUGUGCAGAUCCCGCAGACCAUGGCGUUGCGCAUGAGCUUCAAGUUGGUGCCUGGCGCCUCCGACCCCAUGCUUUGGCGCCCGAACCAGAGGAUCUCUGGGUACUUGGUGGAGUUCAUUCCGAAGUCCUUGCCCUACAGACGCUGCAUGGCGGUGGCUCUGGCGGAGCUGAGCUUCGCGUCGGAGCUGCUGCGGGAGGUGGUUUUGAGAGCCCGGCCGCCAGCUCGGCGGAGACAAGUGCAAGAUGAGGCGGAGUGGCACGCCGAUCAGGGGAGAGAGAGCAGCCGGAGAUGUUUGGACUUGAAGCCCUGGAAGCUGAACCCGCCCCAGGAGAUUGCGGUGCGCAGCGCCCUGGAGGACCAGCUGUCAUUGAUCCACGGCCCCCCCGGCACUGGCAAGACCACCACUGCGGCAGCCCUCUGUGUGCUCUACGCCCUGUCGAACCUGGACAACGGGGAGGUAGCUGCAGUGCUGUAUUGCACCCCCAGCAACGACGCCGCAGACGUGGCCUGCCAGCGGGUGGCCGACAGCUCCGCGAAGCACUUCCAAGCGCUGAGCCAGCGGCGCCGGCGGAUGGUGCUGGCGGCGGGUGGCAGUGACGACUGUGCUAUUUGCUUCAGUGGCAGUUGUGACUCCGUGACGGCCUGUGGCCACCACUUCCACCGCCUCUGCCUGGAGAAGGCGCUGAAGGCCGGCACCCGCGGCUGCCCACUCUGCCGGCGACCGCUGCGGCGACCCGAGGGAGGCCUUUCAGCCUUGCGCGUCUACAGCGCAGAGAUGGAACGGGGCGACUUCCCGGUGCCCAAGAGGAUCGACCACCCCAGCGCCAAGCCACGCAAAGUGCGAGUGGUGCCGGAGGCGAUGCGGCCCUUCGCGUUGCACUGGAGAUGCCACGGCCUCGCACCAGGUGUCGAGCCCACCCAGGAAGCGCUGGAGACGGGCCGCGCCUACGAGCAGAUGAUGCGCGCGGGGCUGGGUUCCCCGGCCUUCGACGAGCUCCGCACGGAGUACUACCUCGCGCUGGCGGCCUCCCGCGCCGCGGAGCUGCGCCGCAGCGACGUGGUCUUCGCCACCUGCAUCUCCGCGCGCCGGGGGGGGCUGAGCACGGCGCUGGCGGGCGAGGGCGCGCCAGAGCUCUUGCAGGUGGUCCUAGACGAGGCUGGACAGGCACCCGAGCCCGAGGCGUUGUGCCCCAUGACGCUGGCCAAGAACGCGCGGAAGCUGGUCCUGGUUGGUGACCCAAAGCAGCUUCGGCCCAUCAUCACCUGCUCCGCAGCGGAGCGGAUGGGUCUGAACAUCUCCCUGUUGGAGCGGCUCUCGGACGCGCCCUGGGGCGAGCCAAAGCUCUUGUCGCUGCAGUACCGCAUGCACGAGGAUUUGAAUGCCUUUCCGGCUGCCUACUUCUAUGGUGGCCGAGUUCGCACAGACGCUUGCGUCUUGGCCCGCGGCCCGGGGCUUCUGGCGCACCCGGCGCGGCCGAAAGCGCCGCAAGCGCUGCUCUUCUGGGACGCGGACGCGGCGCCAGAGCAGAUCUCGCAAGUGCGCACCGCUUCCAGCAGCGCCAAGUCCCGCUUCAACCCGGCGGAGGCCGCGCGCGCGACCGCGCUGGCCAGGGCGCUGGCGGCGCGGGUGGGCGGCAGCCGAGUUGCCGUGUUGACCUGGUACAACGCACAGGUGGCCCAGCUCAGCGAUGCCUUGCAAGGCAGCGGCGUCUACUGCGGUGGCGUGGUGUCCUCCCAAGGCAAUGAGUGGGACUACGUGCUGCUGAGCACGGUGCGCAGCAGCCAUGGAGGUUUGGGCGCCCUGGAGGACGAGCACUUGUUGGAUGUGGCCCUCACAAGGGCGCGCAGAGGCAUGUGCGUGCUGGGCACUGCCAGCACCUUGCGGCGCAUCCACGCGUGGUCUUGCUUCCUAGACCACUGCGAGAGUCGGAAGCUGGUGACUACCUCACAGCCCGUGGUUCUGUGA